AUGGCGCAGCUGUUAAACAACUCCAACAAUGCCAAUCAAAUGUCUGAGAAGCGAUACAAGCAGCAUGAGGAGCGUUUCAUGGCUCAAGAAGGCGAAAUGCGGAGCCAAAAGGCUUCAAUUCAAACCAUUGAGAAUCAAGUCGGCCAAUUGGCCAAAAUGUUGUCUGAAAGACCACAAGGUAGUCUUCCAGGUAACACAGAACCAAACCCGAGAGGGCACGUUAAUGCAGUAAUGACGAGGAGUGGUAAAGCCACGGGACCUGACAAAUCGGACUCACCACCGAUCACUGAUACGGUCCAAACUGAUGCUUCAGACGAGGUGCAAGCUAGGCGAGUCCCAGCAAGUACAGCACAGUUUCAGGAGCCAGUUAAAGAUUUCAUUCCUCUUGUCCCAUAUCCAAGCAGAUUGAAGAAGCAGAAGAACAAUGAACAACAUGGUAAGUUUUUAGAAAUGUUUAAACAAUUACACAUAAACAUACCAUUUGUUGAGGCGUUGGCUCAAAUGCCUAAAUACGCAAGGUUCUUAAAAGACAUCCUCAUAAACAAACAGAAACUCGAAAGCUUGUCUUGUGUGUUGAUGAAUGAAAACUGUUCAGCCCUUCUCCAAAUCCGUCUACCUGAAAAGAUGGGAGAUCCGGGCAGUUUUACUCUUCCCUGUCUCAUUGGCAGCAUGUCUGUCAGUCACGCAUUAGCCGAUUUAGGAGCUAGCAUAAACCUUAUGCCGUAUAAGGUCUUUGCUAAAUUAGAUCUGGGUGAACCUUCACCCACUAGAAUGAGCAUUCGACUUGCAGAUCGUUCGAUCAAAUAUCCGCGUGGGUUCGUUGAAAACAUGGUUGUUAAAAUCGAUAAAUUUGUUUUUCCCGUGGAUUUUGUUAUUUUAGACAUGGACGAAGACUCAAAAGUGCCAUUAAUACUUGGACGCCCGUUCCUCAAUACUGCGAGAACGAUCGUUGAUGUGGCAGUUGGCCAAAUCACACUCCGAGUAAAUGACGACUCUCAUUUCAAAGGCACAAUAGAAGAAAUUGAUAUGGACACUCCUCUUUUGUGUGAGAACCAAGACGACAUUUCACAGGAGCAGCCAGUCUGCCAAAUCGAUGAAGAUGGUUCCCAAAGUCCAGAUCAAUUUGUGGAGAUUGACCGUGAAGUUGAAGAAAAACCCAAACCAUCGGUUGAAGACCCACCGUCGUUAGAGUUAAAAGAACUCCCACCGCAUCUCGAAUAUGCAUUUCUAGACGAGGAGUGUCGCUUACUAGUCAUCAUUUCAGCAUCUUUAGAAAAAGAAGAAAAGAGACAACUUCUCGAAGUUCUAACGCUCCAUAAAAAGGCCAUAGCGUGGAAAAUUAUGGAUAUCAAAGGCAUUAAUCCUUCUUUUUGUACGCAUAAGAUUCUCAUGGAAGACAAUUACAAGCCUAGUGCACACCAUCAAAGGCGAUUGAAUCCUAACAUGCAAGACGUGGUGAAGAAAGAAGUAAUUAAAUUGUUAGAUGCAAGGUUGAUUUAUCCUAUAUCUGAUUCUGUUUGGGUAAGUCCAGUGCAAGUAGUACCCAAGAAAGGUGGUGUUACUGUAGUUCCAAACGAUAGGAAUGAACUUAUUCCUACCCGUACCAUCACUGGAUGGAGAGUUUGCAUCGAUUAUCGCAAACUCAACAAUGCCACCCGUAAGGACCACUUCCCGCUUCCAUUCAUCGACCAGAUGUUGGAACGUUUGUCGGGGAAGUCAUUUUUCUAUUUUCUGGAUGGAUUCUCUGGAUAUUUUCAAAUUCCUAUUGCUCCCGAAGACCAGGAGAAGACUACUUUCACAUGUCCUUUCGGCACAUUCGCCUAUCGGCGUAUGCCUUUUGGGCUAUGUAAUGCACCAGCCACAUUUCAGCGCUGCAUGGUAGCUAUUUUCCAUGACAUGAUUGAAGACUCCAUGGAAGUAUUCAUGGAUGAUUUCUCUGUUUUCGGGAGUUCUUUCGAUCAAUUUCUUGGAAAUCUGAAAAGAAUGUUAAUGAGAUGUGAGGAAACUAAUCUUGUGCUUAAUUGGGAGAAAUGCCACUUCAUGGUGAAGGAAGGGGUAGUUCUCAGACAAAAAAUCUCUGAAGCCGGGUUGGAAGUUGAUCCAGCAAAAGUGGACAUCAUUUCUAAACUUCCUCCCCCCAACCUCGGUCAGAGCGAUUAG